CACGCGAUUGACAAAUAUAAUGCGGUGAAGGUAAAACGUGUCCUGGGCGCGGCGACUCCGGCGGAAGGAAGAAAAGCUACCAAGGUGGCCGGCAUGUGCACGCAGUCCUGUCGCGGCACCGCUGCUGCUGUCAUUCUGACAAUGUUCCUCUGCCGGAUUUGCUCUGCCGAGGAGCAGCCAGGAUCCUUGAACGGACCGGCUCUCUUGGAAACCUGCAAUGUCACUGCCGAUGGACGGGAGCUCACCUGUCGCGGUGCUGGCUUCCUGUCUAUCCUGGAACCUUUCGAUGUCACCGCACUUCCAUCCACCGUCAACCUUACAAAGCUAGACCUAACGAGCAACAACAUAACAGACAUUCCAGUCCGUGCCUUCCAUCGAAUUCCCAAUCUUGAGGUGUUGUUACUUCGACGAAAUCGUUUGCACACGAUCGCCGACGAUGCAUUCGCGAACUUAACGAGCCUUCGAGUAUUGGAGCUCGAUGACAAUUAUUUAACAAAAAUUCCGACCGCGAUCGUAAAGCUCUCUGGCCUUGAAGACCUGUCCCUCUCGAACAACCGUAUUGAAACGUUGGAGGAGCACGUUUUUCAGCGUAUCGCUAAUCUACGUUCCCUCGAUCUACGUGGUAAUCCCAUCAAGGAAAUACACGGGAACACUUUUCAGAAUCUACGGAAACUUCGUAAACUGAUUUUGUCUAAUCUGAAAGAAUUACGAAUAUUUCCGAAUUUAAAUGGAACACGAUCGUUGGAGGUGUUAAGAUUAGAUCGUGCACAGGUGACGGAGGUUCCGAAAGAUUUAUGCGAACAAUGUCCAAAAUUGAAGAGUCUCGAUAUGAAAUCCAAUUACCUGACGGAGCUGCCGAAUUUACGAAAUUGUAGCGAAUUAAGGGUUCUGGACCUCGCCACUAACAUGAUUUCAUCGUUGCUGGAUGAGCCUUUCAAAGGUCUUAACAUGCUGCACGACCUGCUUCUCUCGAAUAACAAGUUACAAGUGAUCCCAAGCGACGCGUUCACCGGCUUGUCGAGGUUGCAGGUAUUGGACCUGGAGAGCAAUUACAUCGAAUACAUUCAUCCUGACGUGUUCAAGGAAACGAUACAUUUAGAGGACCUAAAUCUCGGGAACAACAUAUUUCCAGCACUGCCAACGAAGGGGUUGUCAGGACUCUUGCACCUUAAAACGUUCAAUAAUCCAGCACUAAGGGAAUUUCCAGCACCGGAGCGAUUUCCACGCGUGCAAACGAUGGUAUUGUCGUAUGCUUAUCACUGUUGCUCGUUUCUGUCCAUCGAGGUGGAAGAACCAGUGACAAAAUCCUCCGUACAAGAGUCUAUCUUGUUUCCCACUGACAACGAGUUCGAUCCGAGCCUAUGGAACUCGAGCAUUACUGAUAUCUGGCCACAACUCAAUAACAUGACCGACAAAUUUGGCUCGCAAAUAAAUGAACUUUGGGCUAACUUUGGUUCAGAUUUUACGUACCCUGGUAACCUGCCCUCAUAUGUUGAGGAUUAUUUUGACGAGCAGAAUAGCCGAGUUACGCCGCCAGCUCAGAUACUGCCCUCACACGUACAGUGCCUACCUCAACCUGGUCCAUUUUUGCCGUGCCAAGAUCUCUUCGACUGGUGGACACUACGUUGCGGUGUGUGGGUAGUCUUUUUGCUAGCCAUGCUUGGCAAUGGAACCGUAGUAUUCGUGUUAAUAUUCUCCAGAAGCAAAAUGGACGUACCACGAUUUCUAGUUUGCAACCUUGCUGCGGCAGAUUUUUUCAUGGGCAUUUAUUUGGGUUUACUGGCAGUUGUGGACGCAUCGACGUUAGGAGAGUUCCGAAUGUACGCCAUACCCUGGCAAACUUCUGCCGGAUGUCAGUUGGCCGGUUUUCUGGGUGUUCUCAGUUCCGAGUUGAGCGUGUACACGCUAGCAGUGAUCACAUUAGAGCGGAACUACGCUAUAACCCACGCGAUGCAUCUAAACAAAAGACUGUCCCUAAAGCACGCUGGCUACAUAAUGACGGUGGGUUGGUGUUUCGCCCUGUCGAUGGCCAGUUUGCCCCUCCUCGGUAUCUCGGAUUACCGAAAGUUCGCAAUCUGCUUGCCAUUCGAGACGACGGGGAACGCGGCUCUGGCAUACGUCAUCUUCCUGAUGCUGAUCAACGGAGUGGCGUUUCUGAUCCUGAUGGGAUGCUACUUGAAGAUGUACUGCGCGAUCAGAGGCUCGCAGGCGUGGAACUCGAACGAUUCCCGGAUAGCCAAGCGAAUGGCACUGCUGGUGUUCACCGACUUUCUGUGUUGGUCUCCCAUAGCGUUCUUCUCCUUGACAGCCACCUUCGGAUUGCAGCUGGUCUCCCUGGAGCAGGCCAAGGUAUUCGCGGUGUUCGUGUUGCCGUUAAAUUCUUGCUGCAACCCGUUCCUGUACGCCAUCCUGACCAAACAGUUCAAGAAGGACUGCGUGCUAAUAUGCAAGGCGAUCGAGGAGUCCAGAGUGACUCGGGGGAUAGGCAGGUGUCGACACAGCUCGAACUUUAGCAAUAGGCAAACACCCGUGAACACGAACAGUCUGGUGGAUCGAUCGUCCCGCGACAACCAGCUGCCCUGCGCCUGUAACUCGAGGCUGCUGGAGACCAGCCAGUGCUCCGGUUACCGACGAUGGGGUACCAGGAUACUGUGGCCCUGUGCCAAGGAUACGAGACCCCGCCACGCUCGUAGCGACCAGUACGCUUACCAAAUCGCGGAGAUCCAGCAGAAACAACACAAACGAGCCUCGUCCGUAUCCUCCAGCGAGAACUUCUCCUCGUCCAGGUCGGACUCCUGGAGACAGACGCAUCAUUGCGGCAUCCCGUUGAGGUUGCUAGACCCGAAAAGGAGAGCUUCGUCCUGGCUGAUCACCAGGAAGCCCUCGCAAGACUCGAACCUUAGUUCCUCCAGAAACGACUCGUCGGGGUCCGCUACCACUGCCAGCACCAGCACUUGGAGGACCUCUAGAUCCAGCGCGUUUCUGGAGGUAACCGCGAGGAACACGCCUAGACCUGCCAGGGCGAAGCCAAGACUGACCCGUCAGCUGGCUAUACAGGAACCUGAACCGCCAGGAUCUCCGAGCAGAUUGGCUGUCAGGUUACUGGCGACCAUACCGUCCGCUGCUGAAACCAGCGACCAACAGGACGAUGACAAUACGCCGCAGAAUUAGAAUGGGCGUAAUAAGGUACCUCUGGGUUCUAAGAGAUUAUAGUCAGGUCUGAUGGACUGAGGAUGUGGGUCUCGGGUGCUCCCGAACGGUUUCAGUAUUACAAGUGUACUCUGGGCUAGAGAUACAUCUGUGUCGAAUUUUUUGUACAGAGCGAUUGUUAAAUGUAUUUUUGAGUUCAUACUGUGGUCAAAAUAGAUGUUUUGCUGAUUGUGAGAAUGAGGUAUGGUUGAACUAUACCUCAUCGUUACACUAGAAAACAUACAGGACUUUCAUUCAGUAAAAAGUUCUUAACUUUGUGCCAUUACAGUCAUAUUAGAACGAAUUAUUUUCUCUGGUCUUUUAUUACCUACAUAAAUGUGAAUCAACAAUUACUCUGUACAUCUAAGUGACUUUUAUUGCCAAGAUAGUCGUGAAGAAUGUCGUAGAAAAGGAAAGAGGAGAAUCAAUGGACGAUAUAGCGAAAUUAGUGUUUCAUUCAAGUUGUUUACUGCAGAUCUCUUAUCUUUCAUUGAACCCUCAAACUGAAAGUUAAUCUAAGAAGAUCGAAAUAACUUGUAUCCUCUUUGUACAAUUAUUUAUGCAACUGUGUUGGUAGACAUCUACCUUUUAUUGACCGUCCGUUUUUUGCGUGCACACGUAUCGAGAAGAUGCAAUUAUGGCAUACAAUAGUCACAUUAGAUACUGCCAACAAAUUUGGAAUAUUGAACGCGAUCAUCGAAUAGAAUAAUUUAAUCAACGGAUACGGGAGGUUUAUUUAAUGCAAAUUCAAAGAGAUUGGUCGCAAGACUUGUCAAUUGUUUAAGGAGGUGUUUUAUCGUAAGAAUAUUGUAACUUCAAUUCUUGUGACAAGGAACUGGACGUCCUAUGUAUAGUUUUCGAUAAGAUUAGGAGGAUAAAGUAUUUAUUAAUAAAUUAAAAGGACACACAGUAUCUUUUUUUCUUCUUGGCUCAAACUGUUGUUCGAGGUUUAUCGUAGAGAUCAGCAGAGACGUUGCUAGAAUUUGUGGGGCCCUGGGCAGAUGCAUCAUUGAAAAUAGUAGGCUUUAAUUAUAUCGCUACAUGUUUUAUAAGUAUAAAUUGUACUAUUAUAAGUUUGCACAUUUUGAAACUUGUGAAAUCAUAGAUUUGAAAAUUUGUAAAAUCAUGGA